GUUAUUAGCUCUUGAUCAUGGGAGACAUGGAGGAAGGUGCUAAUGUGCAAUGUCCGCCGUUACUGCGUGGCCAUAACUAUAGCUUCUGGAAGAGUCGGAUGAGAGCCUUUUUGAAAUCGCUUGGUGGUGGAGUCUCGAGGAGUGUUGAAACUGGAUGGUCAGAGCCUAGAAAAUAUUCAGAUGACUUAACCACUUCAAAAGUGAAGCCAUUUGAGGAAUAUAGCAGAUCUGAGACUGUUGUAGCCGAAUACAACGACAAGGCACUCAACACUAUCUUUGGAGAAGUUGACUCUACCCAGUAUAAGCUUAUCUCAAAUUGGAACAGUGCCAAAGAAGCUUGGGAUAUACUGGAAGUAACUCAUGAAGGGGAUGAGGAGGUCAAGACUGCAAAGUAUCAAAUUCUCAUGACUCAAUAUGAAAACUUGCGCAUGGAUGAUAAAGAGAAAAUAACAGAGUUAGACAUGACAGAAGACAACAAAAGAAGGAAACUAGAAAAGCAGGUGGCUUUCAUUGGGACAGAGACUGAAGAUGACUUUGAGCAUGAUCCAACAUUUGAUGAAGAAUUUCAAGAACAGCUAUCUCUUUUCACCAAAAAAUUCAAAAAGCAGUGGGUACAAAAGCGAGGUGGUCAGAGACAAGAAGGCAUUUCCAAAGGUCCCUAUGUCAGGGAUUCCAGAUUUAGAGAACCCAGAGCUGCUGAAAAUCGUGAUAAUCAAAGGAAAAAAGGGCCACUGUGCUUCGAGUGUGGAGGAUAUGUCAAUAUGGAAGAUGAAGAGAGCUCUGCACAAGAGUUGGAAGAACUGCAGAAGAAAUGGGCUCAAUUGGUAGUAAUCAACGAAAGGAAUGUUGAAGAAAAGAGCCAAUUAACAUCUGAAAUCGAAACAUUGAGGAGAAUGAUAGAGAAAUCCAAACUCAUCGUUCAGAGAUUAGAAGGUGAAAAGUCUGAUUUAAUUUUUGAGCUAAACAAACUGAAAUACUAUCAAAAAUGGAUGAUCAUCGCAGGAGCGAAACCAUUGGACCACCAUUCAGUAAUGUCCAAGACACUAGAUGACAAGACAUGUAUUGGCUACACUAAAAAAGGAGAUCACAUCAAAAGAGAUAAAAUCAAGUUUGUCAAGGAAACAGAGGAGAGCAAGGUUGAAACAACUGCACCACAUAGCUCUGAUCACCACAGCGACACAAAAAUGGUGAGAAUGAAGAUCACCAUACCCAAGAACUGGAUGGGAAGGAAAGCUCUCAAGAAACAACUCUGGGCCAAGCAUGGAUGGACCCGGCUACUAGCAUCUAGGAACUCAACCAAAUCUGACGGAGAAAUCAAAAGUCACGACAUGAACAUUCAAGAAGAAGCUGCAAGAAUGUCCAGCACAAACGAAAGAUCUGAAGAAGCUGUAGUUCAAGAAGAUCUGAAAGAUGAUGUCAUGAUGCAACCAUCAAUCAAGAUCCUAGAAGUCCUCUGUCUAAAGUACAUGCCGAACUCACAAGAUCAGGCACACAAUAAGGAAGAGAAGGGCAAGGAGAUACCAGAGGAAGAAGCGCCAGAGGUGUUGGAGGAAGAACCGCUUGUUGCAUGUUCUGCUGUGCCAUUCAAAGGGACUCAAUCCAUCCAGCAGAAUGUGACCAAGAAGAGUCCGAUGAUCUAUGGAGUCAGAUGGUCCCUAAGAAGCAGCAAAUCAAAGAUGGAAUCUGAUGAUCUAUCACGAGACACACAGACCAAUGCUCCAAAAGACACUCCCAGCCCUAGCAGUCAAAGAGGAAGUCAGAAGAGAAAGGGGAAGACAACUCCAGGUGAAGAAGAAAGCUCCAAGCAAAUCAAGAAAACCAAAAUGGAGGAAAUUGAUCAACAUAAGAUCACCCUCAACAAGGCCAGAGCUGGAAAACAGAAACUACUUGAAGUUCUCUCAUUGCUCAAAGGGAAACAACAUGCUGAAACAGGAGCAAAUACACAGGGGGAGAAAACCUUGGGCACUGAGGGAUCUACCAGUCAGGGGGAGCAGGACACAGAGGAGGAUCAGGAUGCAGGCUCCUUCGUGGUCUUCAAACAGCAAAAAUCAGCCCAGCAUCCACCCCAAUCAAGUAAAUUCGGCCCAGCAUCUCGGUCAACAGGGCACAACGCAGCAGCAAAGAAGCGGUGAAGUCGAAUUGCAACCAAGUCUCAGAUUGAAGCAAGAAAUCAGCGGUGAAUCAUUCAAAUCCUUUCAAAAUCGAUGUGUAACUGAACGGCGAAUUCAAUUCUCACAACAAAUGCUCUAACGUUCGGCCAUACCCUCCGCUUUUGACCAAGUAAGCAACGGUUUCUUCUACGCUACUCUCUCAAAUCAACGGGAAGAAAACCUCUGGUGUAUAAAUUGAGCACGAAAUUGCAGUUUCAAGUAGGGGGGAGACGAACUACAACAGCUCCAAUUUUCGAAAUUCUUCAUCUUCUUCUUUUAGGUUGGGUACUAUAGUCUCCCUUAAGCAAAACCACCAUGUUAUUCCACAGAAACUCUAUUGUCAUCGCCGCAUAGUCGUGUGUCCUAGCUUCUAUAACCAUUGGACGCCAAGGAUGAUGUUUGGCCGUGUAUGGCUAGAAAAAAAGAAAAAAUGGUCCCAUGG